AUGAAUUCUAAAGAAAAUUAUAAUCAAUAUUAAUUAAGAGAUGUGGAAAUGGUAUAUGAAAAAGCAAUUAGAAUGAUUUUAAGUUUGAAAGAGAAACACAAACUAAUAAAUAGGAUUAGACUUUUUGAAAGUGAUAAAGCUAUAUUUUAAGAAUUAGCUAAAGGAUAACAUUAUUUGAUUGAUAUGUUAAAGAAAGGAGGUGAUGUGCAUUUAAUAUUUUAAAAUAAUCUUCCAUAAUUUGAGGUUCGAUUAGGAUAGGAUUUAUUUACAAUAGGUCCAGAAAAAAUGAAAGAACAUUUAUUGAGGAAAUAGUUACGUGAAUUGGGAUUAAAAAAUAUUGAAUAUAAAUCUAAAGAGUGUAGAGAGCAUAAUCUAGCUAAUGAUUUUGUAAAUUUAGAUGAUGAAUUUAAAAAAGAUGAAUGUUCAGAGUUGUUAAAAGAGAAAUUUGAUACUUUUAAAGUUUUAGAUGAAUAAAUCAUCAUUUAGAUUUUAAAAAAGUAUUUGAAAAAGAAUUUGAUAGAAUCUUAUAAUAAAGAUUUAANAUGUUUCUUAUAAGUUGUUAAAGAUGAUAAUGUUGACCCUACUACACUAAUUGCAAAAGUAAAAUUCUUGGAGUUUAACAAAAAAGCCUAUCUUUAAUGCAGUAUUAGAUACUGGUGUAUUUGA